UUUUUUAAAACGCCGCAAAAGGUGAAAUUAAAAUCCCGCUCAAUCCCCUAAAAUAACUUUUGGUUGCCCGCUCGUUGCUUUCUCUUUUUCUCAACAGUUAACAGACUUCAAUUCAUUCACCAAAGUAUAGCACCUGACAGAAUCGUUUCCAAUUUUCCAUUUUUCAUUUUCUUCUAAAACAAAAAUCCCAUUGUUGCAAACUGGAAUUUUGUGGAAACUGAGUCUCUCUCUUUUCUUUUUCUCUUCUUUUGGCUCUGGAAUUUGAAAAACGAAAAAGAAAAAAACAGGAUGAGUACUGAAGCAGUUAAGAGAAGCACCACCGGAGCUCUAACGGUGAAACAACGGAAAAUCGAUGAAUUGAAGCCUUCUCCGGCGCUUACUGCAGAACCCAAGAAAGUUAUCAGCAAAAGUGCCGACAUGAAAGACGACAUGCAAAAAGAGGCUGUCAAUAUCGCCAUCUCCGCUUUCGAGAAGAACAAUGUAAAGAAAGAUGUAGCAGAGUACAUUAAGAAAGAAUUUGACAAGAAAUAUGGACCUACUUGGCACUGCAUUGUUGGUAGCAAUUUUGCAAUGACAAAAACAGGUCCCAACAAGACUCUGCUUCGUUCACUGGGUCAUCGCCAUUUUUCAGAUUUAACUGGAACAAAAGCCAAACGAAAGUAUGCUAACAAUGUCUCUGAGUACAACACUGUCCUCGCUUCUCUCAAUGCCAAACGAAGCAAAGGCAAUAGAAGAUAUGAUGUUAUUGAAUGUGAUCCACUAGUUCGCAAAGGAUUUGAGAAAACUGCUAAGCACAUGGUUAUUCCUUAUAUGUCGAUGUUACUGGCUCCACAAAACUGGACAGGGUAUGACCAAUGUGCUUAUUUGUUUUUACCAUCAUAUGUACUCAAACUGUUUUUACCAAGGUUUAGGUAAGAUCAAUCCUUGGUUGUUUAAUCUUGCUGUUUCGGGUUCGAAGAACUGUAUGAAAGAAAUCUGUUAAAUUGCUGCUAUUAAUGAGGUCCGGAAGUGAGAAAAUUGAUGUUUGAAAUAUCUUUGUAUGGUGGAUUGAAUGCUGCUGUAUAUUGUUGCUCAUUACCGAAUUAAUGCUGAAACUAAGCUAAUUAAAUGGUGGAUAAUUGGCUGUCGAUUAUAAUGGAAAUGACUAUUAAAUGUUUAAAAUUCAUUUUAUUUAAUUGAUGGAUGCUGUUGUUUAAAUGCUGCAAAUUAAAGUGUUUAAAUGCUGUAAAUUGAAGUGUUUAAAUGUUGUAAAUUGCAGUGUUUAAAUGUUGUAAAUUGAAGUGUUUAGUUGCUGGAAAUUGAGAUGUUUUAUUGCUGUAAUUGAGUUGUAUAAAUGUUGUUAAUUGAGAUGAUAAAGUGCUGCAAAUUGAAGUGUUUAAAUGCUAUAAAUUGAAGUGCUUAAAUGUUGUAAAUUGGCAUC